AUGAUUCGGAUCUGCGUGAUGCUCGGCCUGACCGCGACCUGCUUCGCCGUCAAAAUCAAUCUCGUUCACACUAUCGACAAUGGAAUGCAACCUCAGUGCAUUGCUGCGUCAAAGGAGAAGAUUUUUCUCGGCUAUAAAGCAGAGGAAAAAUUCUUUGAUAGAGCCCUUGGUUGGCUGCCAACUUAUUCACCAUUGAUUCCUACUUCAGCAUCGAUUUUCUGGCCAUCCAUCGUGUCGAAAAUUGGCCAAUGCACCAUAUAUGACGUCAAAGGAUUGGAAACAGACCGCAACGGUUACCUUUGGGUGCUAGAUAAUGGCGGCCCCUUAAGUUGCCCAAAACUCGUCAUUUUGAACCCGGAUGACCACUUUAAUGAAAUUAUUCGGUACCAGUUUCCUGCUUUUUCAAUUUUUUCCUGGCCCUCAAGUAACAACAGGAAGCUGCGUGGCCUUUUCCUUGAUUGCUUUCAAGCAAACAAGUGUUUUGUGUACAUUGCAUACUCUGGCUCGAACCACAUCGUGGUUUUUGAUCCCAGCAGCGGAUACUUCUGGCCCGUCGAAAUCCAAGGGACUGAAAUCUUCGCCAUUGCUCUCUCGCCAUUGAAGAAGAAGUUGUACAUCAGCGGGUUCGAAUCCAGUGAACUCUAUUCCGUGUCAGUGGCCGAGAUCAGGGCUCGAGAGAAGAGGGUGGUGCCCACGUUUGAGGGAAACAUGGAUGAUUGGUGCUCGGAGAUGGUCGUCGAUGAUGUCACGGGAAUCCUGUACCUGAGCCUCACAAAUUCGCUUGUGACCUACUGGAACACGAACACUCCUUUCCAAUUGGUGAAAGUGGAUUUUCAGGAAAAAAAUGGUCGUUUGAAAUUCAGCUUUGCUAAGGAAAGUUCCGGGAACAUCUGGAUCAUGCAAUAUAAAAGUUCAAAGGAAAUAACGAUGCUAUACAGGAUUGAAGUCGAGGCAGAAUCGAAUAACCGUUUCACUACUACAGUUAGCGGUGCAAAAAAAGCGGUUGAUACCAAAACAAGAGACGAAGUUAUCCCUGCGACUAAGGGGACUGAAAUAAUCAGCGUAAAUACCAGCACGAAAAAUUCUGAGAAUAUCGAAAAAGGAGGAAACGGCGGAACUCUAAUUGUUACGAUUACCUGCUUGAUCAUUGUCUCCAUUAUAUCGGUUGGAGGUUACCUGGCGUGGUCAAGAAUCGUUAAGAAAAAGAGGCAAUUCACCAUUCCACGAUGAGGAGAGGAGAGAAAUCGUGAAUCCCAACAGGACAACGAAAAAAUGCAUUUUAUUAUAAAUUAAUCAUGGCAUCAUGGCCUACAUAUAAUAUCACAAGUAUUAGCUGUUAAAAACUAAAUAA